GCGCGGCUGGUGUUUAGACUCAGAGAGGAGCCGAAGCGCAGGGACCCAGGACUGUCUGUUGUCUUUAAACAAUCCUCCUGCAAUUGUCGACAAGUUCUAUAAGCUUUAACCCGAAGACUGUGAAGUGGAAGUCAGUCUGCGGGGACAUCACCAGCCGCUUCAUUUAUCGUUUUUUCCGUUGUUUUGUGAGUUUUGAAGUCGGACACUGAGCGCAACAACUCCUCCGUUUGGAUUACACACACACACACACACACACACACACACACACACACACACACACACACACACACACACACACACACACACACACACACUUCAGAGGACGCGUUUUCACUGUUGAAGUCCAAAACUCAUCCUUCUUCUGUUUGAUGUAGAGUUCAUCUAAAGUUUCUAGCUGCUGUUGAAACAGACUUCUGCGUAUCUUCUCGGUAUGCCUGUGGUCAACAGCGUGUCUCCGGACAGGUAACCAGGAGUGUUGCCUGCUGUCAUGGCCUUGCCAACUCUGCAGCUGUUUCCUAUCACUGUGGUCACAGUCCUGCUGGCGUUAGUGGCAUCCUGCAGUGGACCAUGAGUGGCACUUUAAACCCAGCUCAGUGUCGUUAUGCCUUGGGGAUGGAGGAUGGCACCAUCCCAGACUCUGACAUCACCGCCUCCAGCGCCUGGUCAGACUCCACUGAAGCCAAACAUGGAAGGCUGAGUACCGGAGAAGGGGACGGGGCAUGGUGUCCUGCAGGAGCUGUUUUUCCCAGUGGGUCAGAAUAUCUUCAGGUGGAUCUACGCAAACUUCACUUCCUGGCUCUGGUUGGUACCCAGGGUCGUCACGCUGAUGGGCAUGGCCAGGAGUUUGCCCGCAGUUAUCGGCUUCAGUAUUCUCGUGACGGAGUGAAAUGGAUCACCUGGAAAGACCGCUGGAGCCAGGAAGUGGUGUCGGGGAAUGAGAACACCUAUGAUGUUGUAUUGAAGGAUCUGGGCCCACCUAUUGUGGCCCGUAUGGUGCGUUUUUACCCUUUGGCCGACCGAGUUAUGAGUGUUUGCCUCCGGGUGGAACUCUACGGUUGUGUAUGGAAUGAUGGGUUGAAGGCUUAUACAGCUCCAGCUGGUCACAUCAUGCACCUCUCUGGCAUGCCUGUCUACCUAAAUGAUUCCACCUACGAUGGCAGCACUGAGCAAGGGAUGCAGUUUGGAGGCUUGGGUCAGCUGUGUGAUGGCGUCCUGGGAGGAGACGACUUCAUACAAACUAAAGAGCUGAGAGUGUGGCCCGGGUACGACUACCUGGGCUGGAGUCGGGAAGCUCUUGGGCAAGGCAGUGUUGACAUUGAGUUCCACUUUGAGAAACCACGUAUCUUUCAUAACAUGCAGGUACACAGUAACAACCGUCACACACAGGGGGUGCGAGUCUUCAGCAAAGUAGAGUGUCUUUUUAAGCCUGGCAUCCUCCAGCAAUGGUCAUCUCCUGCCCUUACUUUGCUUGUGCCUCUGGAGGAUCUGAAGGACCCUUCGUCACGACCCAUCACCCUGCCUCUGGGUGGCCGGCCGGCACAGAUUCUGCGCUGCAAAUUCUUUUUUGCUGACCGCUGGCUGCUCAUCAGUGAGAUAUCAUUUCUCUCUGAGCCGUUUGCUGACGAUGUCACAGAUGCUGAUUCAUUUCCCCAUAAUUUUCCCAAUAUUCCUCAUUUCCCCAGCUCCUCUCCUCCAACUGUUAACCACACCUCUUCAGCUCCUACAUCUCCCUACAGCCUCUCCAACACCACCCUAGGCCAUUCCGAACCCCCCACCAACACCACCUUCAUGAUGGAAACUACUGGUAACUGGACGCUGACAGGGCCAGAAUUUGCCGCUGUGUCUCCAAAGGCAGGGCUUCCUGUAGCCAAAGAUGAUAGCAGCAACACGGCCAUUCUAAUAGGCUGCCUGGUGGGCAUUAUCCUGCUGCUGCUGGCUGUCAUUGCUGUUAUUCUUUGGAGGCAGUAUUGGAAAAAGAUCCUUGGCAAGGCCCAGGGGAGUCUGUCCAGUGAUGAGCUGCGGGUCCAUCUGUCAGUGCCCUCAGAUAAUGUCGUCAUCAACAACACUCACAGCUAUUCAAGUCGCUACCAGCGCAUACACACUUUCCCUGAUGACCGGGACCAUGACAGAGAUGGAGAAGGAGAGUACCAGGAGCCCAGUGCUUUGCUUCGGCCGAGGGAUCACAGAGACAGCACAGCCUUGCUGUUAAACAACCCAGCCUAUCACCUGCUCCUGUCAGAUCACAGAAAAGGCUCAAGACCCCUAGUCGUCCCCAGCAGCACUCGGGCUCAGGAAAAGAGCCUCAAUGUGCCCCAGGCCUGUGGUCUGGAUACUGAUAUGGAGAAGGGUUUCCCUCCUGCUCAGGAGGAGCCUCCCCCCUACCCUGGCUCCCCCCCUUAUCCCUCCCUGUCUCCCCCAGUGUCUCCCCCGCUGCCUCCCAGUGUCCCCCACUAUGCGGAGGCAGACAUUGUGAGCCUGCAGGGUGUCAGUGGUAACAACACCUACGCUGUGCCUGCGUUGGCCUCUUCGAGUCCUGGAGCUGAUGCUGCCCCACUGCCAGAGCUGCCACGACAGUGUCUCAUCUUCAAGGAGAAACUGGGAGAGGGACAGUUUGGGGAGGUACACCUGUGUGAAAUCGAGAACCCUCAGGACCUUCCCAACUUGGAGUUUCCUUUCAAUGUGAGAAAAGGUCGCCCUCUUCUGGUAGCAGUGAAGAUACUGCGUCCAGAUGCAUCCAAAAAUGCCAGGAAUGAUUUCCUGAAAGAAGUGAAGAUCCUGUCUCGCUUGAAGGACCCAAACAUCAUCCGACUGCUGGGUGUUUGUGUGAGCAGUGACCCCCUGUGUAUGGUCACAGAAUACAUGGAGUGUGGAGACCUGAACCAGUACCUGUCCCACCGGGUGCUUUUAGACAAGACCGGGCCUUCACACAACACUCCAACCAUCAGUUACCCGGCUCUCAUCUCCAUGGCCAGCCAGAUCGCAUCAGGAAUGAAGUUUCUCUCUUCUCUCAAUUUUGUCCAUCGGGACCUGGCAACACGCAACUGUCUGGUUGGCGGCGAGAAAGGGGAGUGUGGAGAGGAUCGGGGGGGAGAGCGUCACAUCAAAAUAGCUGACUUUGGCAUGAGCAGGAACCUGUAUGCUGGAGACUACUACAGGAUCCAGGGCAGGGCUGUGCUGCCCAUACGCUGGAUGGCAUGGGAGUGUAUACUCAUGGGAAAGUUCACCACAGCCAGUGAUGUGUGGGCGUUCGGGGUCACUCUGUGGGAGAUGUUGAGCGUUUGUCAGGAACAGCCGUAUUCGAACCUCACCGAUGAACAAGUCAUCGACAACGCUGGGGAGUUCUUCAGAGACCAAGGCCGACAGGUCUACCUGAGUCGGCCGGCUGUGUGUCCGCAGGGUCUCUAUGAACUCAUGUUGAGCUGCUGGAAUAGAGACUGCAAGCUCCGCCCAUCCUUCGCCUACAUCCACUCCUUCCUUACUGAGGACGCCAUGAACAUGGUGUAAAGGGAGUUGGACAAAACCCAAGAUCAAAAGCGACUUCAAAGAGGAGAAAGUCUUGCACAUUUAUGCAUUCAGUGAGGUGGUGUUUGAAUCAAUGUGGUGGAGGUGCUGCACAGCAGAGGAAAGUGGGUUGCUCGCCUUUUUAUUUUUACACUUGGGGUGGACGGGGCUGAGACACCGCUGGUUCGGUUUGUUUUCCACAUCAGACCCCAAUACCAGAAGUAACCCCAGCUUUAAGUAGAUGACAGUCUGAAGUGCAUUUCACAGUGGGUGGUGGUGGGUGCGUUCUGCUUAGGGAGCUUUCUGUCUUCUCAGAUUUUUAACAGGUAGGAGGGCUGAUGGUGAGUGUUAUAGAGCUAAUAUCUAUGGAAGAUAGUUGACCAUAGCAAACUAGAAAUAAUAAAGCUUCAUGAAUUAUAUUGUGUAACAUCUCAAGUGCUGCAUGCAUAGUCACAGGUGAAGGUGACAGAGGAGGCCUGUACUUGGUGAUAUGUGAAGACACACAUACUUCUCUUAAGGAAACACACUUUUUCAGAGAUGAAACUGCACACACAGGGAUGGUUGUCUUAGUAUAUUUAUAGUAUCGAUUGUUCCCGUAGAGGCAGUGUAUCUAACAGUACACACUUUCGCAGCUCCAUGGUAAUUAGACUCAAAUGAAAAGAGGUGUGAACUGUCCGGACCCUGCACAGAACUUAAGUUUGUUGAUUUUGUUUACCUUUUAUCAAAUGCUCGAUCUCAGCCCCUCAUCCUGACAAAGACCCACCUCCACUGUAAGUUACUGUGGAAGAAUGUGAAAUGAUGUGGACCAGACAACAGCACCCCCUCCUGCAAAGUGAUUGUGUUGCAGCCGCCAACCCCCCUUUUUUUUUUUAAAAAAAAAACUCAUCUUUGAGCCACAAACAGAAAAACUGUGUCCCUGGUACCAAAGUGACUUCUCUGACCUGAGAAAACAGGCAAAGAAGAGGAGAGUCUGCUGCUGCCGAUGAGAUGUGACCCACAAACUGGAAUGGCUUUUCAAAGCAGAGACAAUUCUGCCAGUGAGGGCAGUGGACGGGACAUUUUCAGAUGUACCCGCUCAGGUGUUUUGGCAAGUUUUUUGUAUCUGGCUGCGACCCAGACACAAAGGAUAGAUGAAAAAAUUCCACAACCAGCUGCACUUUAAGUCUCACGAGUGUGUCCCCGGCCAUGAUGAAAUUGUUCUCUGCAAGGGGCCUGAUAUGAUUCCUGUCAAAGUAGAUUCUGAUGUAUUUGACUUGCAGUGAUUUCAGAUAUUUGCCAAGUGAAGAGAGAUACAAAUACGUUUGCAGAUGUAUUUUUCAUAAGGACAUAGUUUGAAUUCCUUUUUGAAUCUUCUCUUGUACAAGGCCUUGCCAAACCAUUAGAUGUAAAAUAUUAUUUGAAAUGUGGAAUGGCACCAUCAUUUCAUCUCAUUUUUAAUGUAUGACAACCUUUGUUCUAAGACGUUGAGCUUGAUUACGCAGUUUAACAUCAGUCUUUGUCAAACACAUGACUGUGUACAUUUCAUUUAAGUCAUGGCUCAAACUGGGAAUGAAUGAGUUUUAGUGUGCCUGUUGACAUCAAUUUAUAUGUUAACCCAUGUUAAUACGUUAAGCUGACUGCAGUAGAGCUACUGCAUCUACAUUACUGAUUGUAUAGCACUGUAAAUCAGUCCUGAGGUGAUCAAGUAGUACAUGUUUACUGGUUGUGAAUGGUUGUGCCAUUUGAGUCAUUUUUGAUACACUGUAGUACAACUAAACCCAUAUUUUUAUAUAUACUGUAUGUCCUUAGACACCCCUUGAUCUUUGAUUUUGUCUUUUAUGUCUUCAAAGCUGCGCCUAAUAGUUUGUACAUAUUUUAAGGACAGAAUUGUAAUUUCCUCUACUAAUAUAUGGAAAAGUCUUUGGUUACAUUUGGGGUCUUCUGUAUCUCUGUAGAACGCUUGCUACCUUAAUGCCAUUGUAAUUCAUUGUGUUGUCUAUUUUUUGUAGAUGUUUUAAUAAAAGUUAACCUUUUCAAAUAAAUGUAAAUUUAAAUUUACCAAUACAAAGC